AUGGUAGGGAUCUUCGACGGUGACUACCAGCCACUCGCCAUUGAAGCGCCGCCGAGCUCGAAGAGGAGGGGGAGGAAGAAGUCGGAGGUGUGGGAGCACUUCACCGUCGAGUCCGUCGCCAGUGGAUCGACGAGGGCCCGCUGCAAGCGCUGCGACCAGACCUUCGCAUACAGCUCCGGCACCAAGAUCGCCGGCACCAGCCACCUCAAGCGCCACAUCGCCAUGGGCUCCUGCCCCAGAAUCCGCGAGGAGAAGAAGCACCAGCAUCAGCAGCUCGCUCUCACCCCUGGCUCCGGCGGCGGCGGGGGAUCGUCGGAGCCGCCGGCGAAGCGGCGCUACCGGUCGAGCGGUGGCGGCGGCGGCGGCGGGCAGGUGGGCUUCGACCAGGAGCACUGCUGUGAGGAGCUGGCGAAGAUGAUCGCCAUGGAGGAGUACCCUCUUCACAUGGUGGAGCACCCGGCCUUCACGGCCUUCGUGCAGGGCCUGCAACCGCGUUUCAGGGUGCCGAGCUUCUCGGCCAUGGAGAGCGAGAUCAUCGCCAUCUACCGGAGGGAGAAGCAGAGCCUCCGGGAGAUUGUUGGCGGCAUCUCCGGCAGGGUGAGCCUCACCGUGGGGCUGUGGACGACGGCGCAGACGCUGGGCUACGUCUGCCUGACCGGCCACUUCAUCGACGGCGACUGGAAGCUCCGCCGGUGGAUGCUGAGCUUCACCAUGGUGAGCUCUCCGCACUCGGAGAACGCCCUCAGCGAGGUCAUCGGCUUCAGCCUCUCCGACUGGAGCUUGACGACGAAGCUCUUCACCAUCACCCUCGACAACUACUGCUCCUCCCACGACAUCUACAGCGCCAAUCUCAGAGAUCACCUCUCCAGCAAGAACACGCUCGUCCUCAAGGGCCAGCUCUUCGUCGUCCGCUGCUACGCCCACAUCCUCAGCGUCAUUGCGCAGGAUCUCCUCGCUUCCAUCCACGGCGUCGUCUACAGCGUCAGGGAGAGCCUCAAGUACGUGAAGGCCACGCCAGAGAGGGAGCAGCGCUUCGCGGAGGUCCACCGGCGGCUCGGCGGCGCCUCCGCCGCCGCGGAGCUGAGGCUGGACGUGCAGUCGCGGUGGGACACGACGUACCUGAUGCUCGCCGGCGCGCUGGAGCUGCGCCACGUGUUCGCUUUCCUGGAGUCGUCGGACGCUGACUAUAACGACGCGCCGUCGCCGGAGGACUGGAAGAAGGUGGAGGCGGUCUGCGGGUACAUCAAGCUCCUGUACGACUCGGCCAUGGCGAUCACGGCUGCGCCAGAGCCGACGGCGAAUCUUUACUUCCACGAGGUGUGGAAGAUCCAGCUGGAGCUGGCCCGGGCAGCCGCCGGCGGCGGCGCCGGCGAUGACGGCGGCGCUGCCAAGGAGAUGCACGAGAAGUUCGACAAGUACUGGAAGGACUGCAGCCUGGUGAUGGCCAUCGCCGUGGUCAUGGACCCGAGGUUCAAGAUGAAGCUCGUCGAGUUCAGCUUCACCAAGAUCUACGACGACGACGCCGAGAGGUACAUCAAGGUGGUCAACGACGGCAUCCACGACCUGUUCCUCGACUACGUCGCCCAGCCCCUCCCGUUGACCCCGGCCUACACGGACCAGCACAGCCACUAUGCCGCCGGCGCCAGAAACAGCCCAGAAGCCGGCUCCGUCGACGACGGCACCGCCGGCGCCGGGGCCAAUGGCGGCGCCGCGGCGGCUCUGUCGAGCGGGGACGGGCUGUUGGACUUCGACAUGUACAUAUCGGCGACGGCGGUGGGCCAUCAGGGGAAGUCGGAGCUGGACCAGUACCUGGAGGAAGCUCUGGUUCCGCGGGUGGAGGGGUUCGAGAUCUUGGAGUGGUGGAAGCUGAAUGAGCUCAAGUACCCGACGCUGGCGAAGAUGGCACGGGACGUGCUGGCCAUCCCCAUGUCCAUCGUGCCGAUGGGCUCCGUCUUCGGCGCCGGCGGCGGCAGCCGGCUGCUAGACGACUACAGGAGCUCGCUGCGGCCGGAGACGGUGGAGGCGCUCUUCUGCGCCAGGGACUGGCUGCAGCAUAUGCCCACCAGGACGGAGCCCCCCCCGCCGCCGCUGCCCUCCACCGCCAUCGUCAAGACGGAGUUCUAG